CGCAGUCGUCUCCCGCCCGUCCCGCGCACACAACGAUACGAUGCCGUUGCCCUUUAACAAGACUUUAGAUUUGACAUUAAUGAAAUUAGUUGAAGAAAACCCCAUAAUUUACAACUCGAAACACCCUAAAUACUUAGAUUUUGAUACCAGAGAGGUUAUUUGGCAGAAGAUCGGCGAUAUUUUGAACCGACCAGCCCAAGUGGCAAAACAUCGAUGGAUAAACAUACGGGACAUGAUGCGGCGCAAGAUAAGAGACCGCCAACGCAACCCCGGCCACCGCAGUUACAGGUACAAGUACGAGACGGAGUUGUCCUUCAUGCUGCCGUACUACAAGGAAUCCUCGCAGAACUCUAACGACGAAUACAGUGACUUCUUCGACGACAGCGCUUGCGAUGUUGACCUACCGACAGUGUUCGUCGACCCAACAGAGCAGCUCACACGACAGGACGUCAAACCCAACAUAACAUACAAGAAACACGAAGAUUACAACGAAACCAGGAACGAAUUCCAGGAAUUGAACCCAACGGACCCUAUUGAUGUGUUUUUAAUAACAAUAGGUUCAACUCUGAGGAAGUUCAGUCCGUAUCACUUGAACCAGGCGAAGAGUAAGAUAUUUCAAGUGGUUCAAGAUUACGAGUUGCAGCAAAUAGUUGAUAAGGACCAGCCAACCAGUAGUGAUACUUUGAGAUAGUAGGUAAUAGUUUUAUGAGUAGGUACCUAGUAGAAAAACAUCAAUCUAUAGGUACUGAUAUUCUGAAGAGGUAAAGUUCGUGUUAAAGAAUAUUUUGCCAUAUCUUUGAAAUAUGACCAAUAUUCCCAUUUCUUUUCUCGUCUUUGAUUAUAUAAUCCUAUAUAUAAUCAAAGGAGGUACCUAUAGUGGGAGCAUUGGCUGACACUAUCAGCCUUUAUAAAAUAGGGUAGAUCUCGAGUAUUGCAGGCUAUUAUAUGUAUUAUAUUAUAUUAUAUGUAUUAAAUAUUUCAGAAAGACACCAAUAAAGUUGUACGACUUUAAUAUGUUACAAAUGUAGUAUAAUAAGUAUUAUUUUUAUUUAUUUAUCGAGGUAACUCAAAAAACUCCUUAUUAUUUAUAUUAAACUAGCGGACGCCCGCGACUUCGUCCGCAUGAAACUCGAUGUAAUCUUUCAACUACCCCUACCCUACCACUACCCUAACUUACCCCUACUCUACCCUACCCUACUCCUACCCUACCCCUACCUUACUCCUUCAUUCAUACGUCAUUACAUAUCUGUCAUUAUACGUCAAUUACAUAGCUUUCAUUUGCGUUUUGCGUUUCAUGUCAAGUCACACGGUAAUGCUGUAAAAAAAAGUAAAAAGUAUCCUAUGUCCUUCUCCUGGCUCUAAACUACCUCCCUGCCAAUUUUCAGCUAAAUCGGUUCAGCCGUUCUUGAGUUAUAAGUGGAGUAACUAACACGACUUUCUUUUAUAUACAUAUAUAUAGAUGAAUUUUAAUUUUCAUUGAGAUCAAAAUAUGUGGGUAUUGGGUAUAUAUAUCUUUCUAAAUUAAAUUAGUCUUAGUUUAGUGAAAAGGGCAAGAAUGGAAAAACAUUUAUUAAUAUUAAGGUUUGUAAUAAAGAUUUUAUUAAAAAUAUUACAAAAUUA